GGGACAACACAUUUGUGAGCGUUAAACGCAAGUGUCAUGUAGAUUAUUUUUCCACUGCCCUCCCUGAGCAAAGGUCGCAUGUAAUUAUGUGAAUUGCUGCGUGCGAAGAUCGCAUUUGUUGGCUCAGACUGUUUGAUUUAGCUCAGCCUAGAAGACUUAGCUGUUGCUGCUUCCCUUCUUGGCAUGGCAAGAUGCAAGGCCAUUGACGUGGAGCUUGAACCAGAGGAGUGCGCACACUUGAUGGCCAUGAGAUUGAUCAGAGGGGCUGUGGCAGAGGACUGUGACGUGUCAAAGGAGAUGCUGAAACACGAUGGAUGUUAUGAAAUGGAAGAUGACGUGCUGAGCCUCAAUGGGGAUUCUGAGGAUGAAGGAGAACUUGUUCAUUUUGCAUGUGGUUUGGCCUCAGGUGCUUUGAAACAAGCUAUGCAGCUUGACCUUGCCAAAGCCUCUUGGGCUGCUGUCCAAGAAAACACAGCCGAUUUCCACGAAGUCAGAGGCUUCAGGGAUGAGGAAGAGGAAGAUGAUGAUUUCCAGGAGGUUCACAACACGGAGACUGGCGAGUUUGAGGUGCUAGCAUCUCAGAAUCUCACGGGAACUGUCCUGGAGGUUGAAAACAGUCCCGCCGACCAGGUCGAGAUGUUGCGUCAAGAGGCACGUGACCUGCUGCUCAAGGCUGCUGGCAACGGUCGCCUGGCUGCAGUCUUCAAGCAGCGGAGUAGCAAGGCUGAAACAUCCGAGCCCAUUCCAAGCAUCCCUGGGUCAAAAGCUCCCACCGUUUUCGAGUGCGAGUUACAGCCUCAUACUCGUACCAUGCACAAGAUCUCAAGUGCUCCAACCCUGAAGCGACAGCCUUCAGCUCAACUGUUGCAGGAGGUUGGUGCACCUCUUGAACCAUUUGCACAAUUGAAACUUGCUUGGUAUAUGGCAGGAUCUCCUUCCAAAAGUCUUCGUCAAAAAGAGCUCCUGUCCUUGCCAGCAGACUACCGUGGCCUUCAGAAGCUUCAUUCACUGACGACUCAGGGUGACUUUCUCCCACGCUGUGCUUCGCUGGGUUCCUUAAAGAAGGCUUUGCCACCCUUGAGGCCUUUCCGGUCUACCCGGCCAUGAUGGCGAAAAGAACAAGGGAGAGGUGCACUGACUGAGUCCCGCUGAUCACCUCCUCUAGAGGAAAGGCAUCAUUUUAGUCCACAUCUCGGAUCAUGUCUCAGGCUAAAGGCCUGACAUGCCAAGGUCCUCCCAGUGCCCACAUCCUUUGUGAGGUGUGGCAUUGCGACUACGGCAGUUCUUGAUGAUUGUGCUGUCUAUACGGUCUAUAGGUAUACGCCGUUUUUAUAUGGCUGAAUAAUAAUCCG